UAAGUUGAAGUCAUCAAGCUUGUUAUAGUUUAUAGAAAACCACGACAUACAUUUUCACUUUGCAUAGCGAACGUAUCAUCGUAUUAGGUGGAUUUUGCAGCACAAAAUGGAUUGUUGCGGUCCUGGGCGUUCAGGUCAACGACGCGACUCUGAAGUGAUCUGACACCUGUGAGGUCUGGUCUGAACAGAAAUAGACUACAAACUGUGUCCAGCUGUGUGUGCAUGAAGAGUCCAUGGAUGAACCAGAGAUCAAAGAGGCGGAUCCUCCUCCUGAGGAGAGUGUCCAGCAGGGGGCAUCAGACACACAGAAACUGAAAACAAAUAAGACCAAGAAGGACACUGCAGAGCACAGAUUGACACCGGAGGAGACAGAGCUCAGGUCCUUUCUGAAGGAGAAGUGUCAACAUCUGGUUGAAGGAGUACCACAUCGGGGAGACGCCAGGCUCCUCCAGGACAUCUACACAGAUCUCUACAUCACAGAGGGGGGGAGAGGAGGGGUCAAUGAGGAGCACGAGGUCAGACAGAUAGACAGAGCAUCCAUGUUCUAUAACAUAUAUAGUUAUAUGAGUGAUGAUGAGGAAGGAGAGCAGUCUGAUGAUUUUGAGGGAGAGCAGUCUGAUGAUUUUGAGGGAGAGGAGUCUGAUUAUGCUGAGGGAGAGGAGGGUUCUGAUGAUUUUGAGGGAGAGAAGGGUUCCGAUGACAGAUCAAUCAGGUGCAGUGACAUAUUUAAACCCUUACAUCCACAAAGGGGUCUUUGGCAACACAAAUCCAUCAGAGUAGUAUUGACAAAGGGAGUGGCAGGCAUUGGGAAAACUGUGUCUGUGCAGAAGUUCAUUCUGGAUUGGACUAAAGGAGAAGCCAAUCAGGAUAUUCACUUCAUUUUUCCUCUUCCUUUUCGAGAGCUGAACCUGAUGAAGAAUACAGAACUCAGUCUGGUGGAGCUCAUUCAACACUGUUUCGCACAAAUGAAAGACCUGAAACUGCUCUCCAGUUCUGAGAGCAAAACUCUGUUCAUCUUCGAUGGUCUGGAUGAGUGCAGACUUCCUCUGGAUUUUCACUCCAACCCGAGGUGUUGUGAAGUGACAGAUCCAGCCUCAGUAGAUGUACUUCUGACCAACCUCAUCAAUGGGAAUCUACUUCCCUCUGCUCUCGUCUGGAUCACCACCCGACCAGCAGCAGCUGGUCAGAUCCCUCCUGAGUGUGUGGACCAGAUGACAGAAAUUAGGGGGUUCAACGACCCACAAAAAGAUGACUACUUCAAGAAGAGAAUCAUUGAUGAGAACCUGGCCAUGCGAGUCAUCAACCACCUGAAGUUAUCCAGAAGCCUUUACAUCAUGUGCCACAUUCCUGUUUUCGCUUGGAUUUUUGCCACUGUUGCAGAGAGAACAUUAGAGAGAGGAGAAAUGCCAAGGACUCUUGCUCAGAUGUACACUCACUUCCUGAACAUACAGACCUGCAUCAAGAAUGAGAAAUACACAGAGGGAAAAGAGACAGAUGAAGAGAUGGUUUUGAAACUGGGGAAACUGGCUUUCGAACAGCUGCAGAAGGGCAAUCUGAUCUUCUACGAGGAAGACCUGAGGGAGAGUGGCAUUGAUGUCACAGAAGCAUCUCUGUACUCAGGAGUGUGUACACAGAUAUUCAGAGUGGAGGCUGGGCUGUGCCAUGGGAGAGUGUUCAGCUUUGUGCAUCUGACCAUCCAGGAGUUCCUUGCAGCAUUAUAUGUGUUCCUCUGCUUCUGCAACAGUUCCAGAAACAAACCACACCAACAUCAACCCUCUCAGCUCUCAGCUCUGUUCAGAGCUGCAACACUUGAAGACCUACACAAGACUGCAGUGGAUCUGGCCUUGCAGAGUAAAAACGGACACCUGGACCUUUUCCUACGCUUCCUCCUGGGCAUCUCACUGGAGUCCAAUCAGAAGCUCUUAAGACACUUACUGCCACAGACCAAUAGCCAACCUCAGAGCUUGGAGCAAACAGUACAAUAUGUCAAGCACAAGAUCAGACAUGAGUCGGAGUCUGAUGGAAAGAUCAACCUGUUCUACUGUCUGAAUGAGCUGAAUCAGCAUGCUGUAGUGGAGCGCAUUGACAGGAAGGAAGGAAAGCUGUCUGUAGAGGUGCUCUUACCAGGUCGGUGGCAGACUAGACAGUUAAGGUUUGAGUUAUCAGAAGAGCAGCUGGGUGGGUUUGAUCUGCAGACGUACAUAAAGACACCAGAAGAGGAUCUGACCGACCUCCUCAGCCCAGAUGACGUCCUUAAGAAGCUGGUGCCAGCAGUGUCAUCAGCACUCCUGUAUCAGUGUUCCCUCACAGAGAAGAGUUGUGCUUUAAUAGCAGCUGCUGCCAGAUCAACCUCCUGCAGUUUGAAGUGGCUAGACCUCACUGGCAAUAGUAUUCAUGACACUGGCGUUCAGCAUCUCUCAGAGCUCCUUAAAGAUCCUCAAUGCAAACUGGAGACACUACAUUGUGCAGCAAUAGCAGAUGCUGCCAGAUCAACCUCCUGCAGUUUGAAGAGUCUUGUCCUCUCUUACAAUAAUAUUCAUGAAAAUGGCGUUCAGCAUCUCUCAGAACUCCUUAAAGAUCCUCAAUGCAAACUGGAGACACUACAGCUGGAGAACUGUUACCUCACAGAGAAGAGUUGUGCUUUAAUAGCAGCUGCUGCCAGACCAACCUCCUGCAGCUUGAAGUGUCUAGACCUCACUCGCAAUGCAAUUUGUGACAUCGGCGUUCAGCAUCUCUCAGAACUCUUUAAAGAUCCUCAAUGCAAACUGGAGACACUACAUCUGGGGUAUUGUUCCGUCACAGAGAAGAGUUGUGCUGCAAUAGCAGCUGCUGCCAGAUCAACCUCCUGCAGUUUGAAGUGGCUAGACCUCAGUGGCAAUAGUAUUCAUGACACCGGCGCUCAGCAUCUCUCAGAACUCCUCAAAGAUCCUCAGUGCAAACUGGAGACACUAGAGCUGCAGGGGUGUGACCUCACAGAGGAGAGUUGUGCUGCAAUAGCAGCUGCUGUCAGAUCAACCUCCUGCAGUUUGAAGCGUCUAGUCCUCAAUUGGAAUAGUAUUCAUGACACCGGCAUUCAGCAUCUCUCAGAGCUCCUUAAAGAUCCUCAGUGCAAUCUGGAGACACUAGAGUGA